AUGUCCAGUCUACCGCCAGUUGCUGCGACGCCGCUUGCCACUGCGUCUGUCGGCCCAAGCUGCCCAACGAAAAAACUGAUUCACUGGAGAUUGGAAAAACCCGAAGCCGGAGCCCAGAAGAACGAAGAACUAAGAAGAACAAGUUCUGGAAAGCAAGGUGGAGGUGAGUCUUUUGUUGGCGAAGGUUUUACAUAUUGGAAAGAUAAAAAAAUGCUUCAUACUCAUGUAAGACUUCAUGAUAGUGCACAUAAUCAAGCUCGUAUUAAGUGUGAAGUGUUGAUGAAUCAAGAGCAACACAUUCAAUCAGUUUUCUACAAACAGUCAGAACAAGCAAGAAAUACAUAUGUUACAUGCCUUAAUGCAUCCAUUGAUUUUAUCAAUGCCGUCACAUUGGGAAAUGCUUCUCACAAUUGCAAAUUGACAUCACCUGAUGUUCAAAAGGAUAUAGUAAAUCCUUGUGCGAUUGAAACGAUCAAUGUUAUUAUCAAAGAUGUUGGCGACUCACUAUUUUCUAUUCUAGUUGAUGAAUCUUGUGAUGUGUCAAUGAAAGAGAAAAUGUCUAUUGUUUUAUGUUAUGUAGACAGUAGUGGGCAUGUCAAUAAACGCUUCAUAGGGAUCGAAUAUGUUACAAGUACCACGGCUCUAUCACUUAAGGCUACAAUUGAUAAGGUAUUUUCUAGAUAUAACUUGAGUAUGUCUAGAUUGAGAGGACAAGGUUAUGAUGGAGCAAGUAAUAUGCAAGGUAAGUUUAAUGGUCUGAAAACACUCAUUUUGAAGGAGAGUCCAUGUGCCUUUUACAUUCACUAUUUUGCUCAUCAACUCCAACUUGCGCUCGUGGCUGUGGAAAAGAAGAACAUCCCUAUUACUAACUUCUUUCGUGUGGUUGGGAACGUGAUAAAUACUGUUGGAACAUCUUCCAAACGUUGUGAUCUUCUUCGAGAAAAACAAUUAGACUUUAUUGUUGAGGCAUUGGAAAAAGGUGAGAUUUUAAGUGGACGGGGACUUAAUCAAGAAACGACCCUUCAGCGCUCUGAUGUACUUGCAAUGAUUGUUGAAGAUGAAUCUUAUUCUUGUGAUCAAAGAUCUGAUGCAACAAAUUUAUUGGAGUUGAUACAAAGAUUUGAUUUUGCAUUUAAUUUAAAGUUGAUGAGAAGUGUGUUGGGGAUGUCAAAUGAACUGUUAAAGGUAUUGCAAAGAAAAGAUCAAGAUAUUGUGAAUGCAAUGCAAUUGGUGAGAUUGUACAAACGACGACUCUAA